AUGCUUACGGCAGCGCCAUCCUUAGCCUCCUCCUCCCACUUCCUUCCUCGCUUCACUUCAUCUUUCUUCUUCACAAGAAAGCUUCACCUCCAUAGAGUUCAUUGUUUCAGUAAAAUGAGCACCACGCCGACAACUGGGCCCCUGAUUCCCAAAUUUGUACCUGUUGAGAUCAGUGACAUUGCUUCAGCUAGUAGGCCGGAUGGCAACCGGUUGAGUCUUGUGUCGUACAACAUUCUGGCUCAGGCAUAUGUGAAGAGUGCUUUUUUCCCACACUCUCCCGGGCCUUGCCUAAACACAGAUGGAAAGCUCGUUCACAGGCUAUAUUGGCUGUUCUCAAGAGUCUGGGGGCCGAUAUUUUUUGCUUGCAGGAAGUAG